GGUUGAGUACCUCAUUGCCGUUGGUUCGCGAUGACGCCAUGCAGAUGUUCGCUGGGGAGUGCUGAAGAGACUGGAGUUCGCGCUGAUUUCAGUUAUCGUUGAAGCACUGUGUGGACCGGACACCGUGGAAAAUCCAUCACUUGAAAACCUAGAGAGACGUACAUAUGCUGUUUAAAAUGCUGGUAAUUCCGCUCUUCGGAUUGAUAUCAUUGACAUUGGGAGCUGGUGUUGGUACAGCCUGGGAUGUAUCCCCAGGUCAGCUGGGGUACACGACACACCCAACGUGGCCGAGGGUCGAUCUGUCGGCGUUUGAGAUAAGGAGUGUCAGUGGAACCGGCAAACUGACCACCAGAGAUGAAUCCUCAAGACGAGCGAGUACCAAACGAGAAACUAAGGAAGUCGACGACAUGGAGACUGACUACGUCCCGGAGGUUCUCUUCGAUCAUCCAGUCUUCAAGGGCAUCUUCAAGAAGCCGAGAAACAAUCCAGAUGUGGAAAUGCUGCCGGGGCCGUGGGAAAAGUCGAGGAAACCCGACCGCACCGGGAGGAACCGGCAGACGUGCCCCGAAAGCUUAGAAGAGGAUUUAAAUUCGGACGAGGUCGUCAGAGAUAAGCCGAGGGUCCGUCGGGAGGCCGAAGAACCCUCCAUGGAGAAGAUCACAGGGACAAAGAGCGUUCGGGAACCGAGACUCAACUCCCCGGAAUCGUGGUCGAAGCAGCCGUUGGCUGUUGAGUUUCGUCAUCGGACGAACUUGGAGGAUGGCUUAGCUGAAGAUCACGAUUCAAGGUUGAUGAGGCAUCAGGCCCCGAGAACGGACUUCGUGACGGCCAAUAGGAGGAGCUACGAAGGAAGAGAAGCUAGGGAUCUUCAGAUAGGCCAUGACUAUGACGACGUCUCCUAUCGAAAUUCUCUAAGAGACCGCGACAUGGGUGCGCCUUACUCGAGGGGUUACUACUAUCCUGAUCAUUUUAGAACCGAACGGGACUAUCUCAUCCGUGGGGUCAACGAUCCUGGCUUCUCCACCGAUAGGUACCGCAUCGAGGAUUACGAUAUGUACAGGAAUCGUCCAACGCCGAAGCCCAAGAGGAUCAUCUACUACGCAACGCUCCCGGAAAUCGUUCGAAAACCCGUGGACACCAGGCGACCUUACGACUUCCGGCCUUAUGACACCGUCGGAAGGGCCUCUAUGCCCCCCAUGAGGGAUUCCACUUACCGAAGACUGCCCACCAUGUUGGACCUGAAGUACCAGUACAGGCAUCCUUACGGGUAUGACUCGUACGAUCCUUAUGGCAAGCGGACGAAUUAUUGGGAGCGUCCGUAUGCCUACGACAGGAUUGAUGAUACUCGCUACAGGGAACAAGAUUUGGAUCAUGCGAGCUUUAAAGAAGCUCCCAGGAGUGACGAGGCCGUGAGGACGGCUGCCAACUCCGUGGAGGGAAGGUCAACCGACAAAUUACCCUGGCCUGUGCAAGUCGGAACGGAACUCAAUAUCAAGGAUGAUGAGAGGGUCACCGGGAGGAAGAUCUUCGGCCAGCAGGAGGACUAUGAUCGCUUCCGCCAGAACUCCAGGAUGGAGAGGGAGGGGAAUGGGGACGCAGCUGAUGUUGGAAAUAAUCGAGAUUAACCUUUAGCUUUUAGCCUGUCUGAUGUUAUAGAGGUCAAUUAUUAGAUGUCGUUAGUCUUGAGGUGCAAUUCGAACGUAUGGUGGAGGGUUUCCAAUAAUUCAGAUUUAGCCUCGUCAGCUAGUCGGAGUGGCCUUUUACGGCGAGUUGGAAGUCAUUAGAAAAGUCUGGGUCAUUUCACGAGGUAAUGAUUGACUGAACGGAUACAUUAAAAUUUAACUGUUAUUGCAGGGGAUUUUUCAGUAAAGCUCAGCUCUUGGCGUUCUUCAUAUAUUUAUGAUUUUUAUACAAUGUACUUUUUGUUUAUUUAGAAAAAUAAAUUCAUUGAGAUAAUUGAAAUAA